AUGAAUGCAUUGAAUGAGAAGUUUAUGAGAAUUCAAAUAUUUGAUAAUUAAGACUAAUAUGAUAAAUUUUGGAAAUAUGUUAACAAGUUUGAAAAUUAUGAAGAAAAAAUAUCAAAAAAGGAUUCUAAAUAUUAUGCUUUGAUUUAAUUUAACUUUCAUAAUUGUGUGCCUUUAAAUAUAUUAAUUGAUGCCAUUGUAUACUAUAUUUAUUUAAAUUUAGGAAAAUAAAUAUAUAGAAGUUUAAAAAACCCUUAUCAAGUAGAUUUCUAUUGAAAUAUUACAACAUUUUUAAAAAUUUAAAAGGGAGCCAAUAAUUCAUGGGAACAUUCAAACAAAAAAUAUUAUUAUUGAAUUGCAUGAAAACUAGUUUUUUGAUUAAGCGAAAAAUAAUAUAGAAAUUAAGAAUAUAUAUUUCACUAAUUAUGUGUUUAAAUAGAAUGAAAAUGAUGAACAAAAUAUUAAAAAGGCUUUUUUUUAAUUAUGGAAAUUAAUUUCAAAAGAUGCCUCUGAUUAAGAUUUUUUAAAUUAAUAAUAAUUAGAUAUGAUGUCGAUUUAAGAUAUCUUAUAAAAUAUAUAAUAAAUGUAAAUUAUAUUAAGAAUAUAGGUAUGUUCAAGAUGGGUAAAAAUAAAAUCCAAUGAGAAAAAUAGGGAAUUUUAUUAAAUAAUUAGUUGUUGAAACCGGGUAAAUCAAAAUUUUGUAAAGCAAAUUAAAAAUUGAAUAUCCAAGUCUUGAAGAAAAUCUAGAGUAGAAGAUUUAGGAGUUUACCAAUAAAACUAGUGAAGAGUUUUAAUAGAAUCAAGGAAAACAGAUUUAAUUGACUAAUAAAAUUGAUGGAGAAAAUCAAAGUGAGUGUUUUAAUAAAUUAGAUUGUGAUAAAAUCUAAUAAACACCAAAUCAUAUUGAAUCUAGUGUAUUUUAAAAAGAUUAGAGUGAAGAAGAAAUAAAUAGAAAAAUGCUUGAGAAAGAAUAGUAAAAAAUAAUAAAAAAGGAACAAUAGUGUUUUUUAGAAUAGCUCAAAAUUAUCUCUUUACACAACUUUAUAGAAAAUGUUAUUUCAUAAAUAUUUAAAAAUGAUGAGGAUAAAAAGGGUGCAGAAUAAAAGAAUCAAGACGUAAUUAAAUUUAUAUUUGAUAAAUGUUAUCUGAAUAUAAAAUAGACUUUUAACAUAUUGUUGGAUCAUUUUGGUGGAAUCCAAAAUACAUUUAAUUAAAAAUAGAAAGAGAUUAACGAUAAGCAUUAUGAAAACUUUAAAUUUUAAAUUGAUUUACCAAUAAAGGAAAUUGUUAAAGUACAUUUUGAUCAAUUUCUAUCAAUAACUUAAAAAUACAUUUUUUCAGUUGGAAGUGCCUUUUCAGGUUAAAUAGAAUAAUAACAUCAGUUUAUUCAAAAAUAAUUAGAAGAUGCAUAUGACGCAUGGAUAACAUUGAAAAUAUUAGAGCUAAUUUCAGAUUUAAUAUGA